UCAACAGGCGGUACGGGGCGCACACGGGACAUCACUACGACUGGAUAACAACAACAAACCAGUGGGUCGACACACUGUGGACACUCACGCAACUUUUUUUCACCGGAAAAGUCUUUUUAGAAACACACUUUUUUAUUACUGUUUUAUUAGAGUUGUACCGGUUUGGGAUGUGACAUUCAGUGUAGACUUUGCGCCCGGGCGGAGCACCAUUUUGCCGGACAGAUUUCUCUUGUAUUCGCUCUCAUUUCAAAGACGAAGUUGCGACUUCUGAGGGGCGACAUUCGUCACAUUUACAUGACAUUGUAACACUUGGCUCCGUCACCUCUCGACCAUGGCGGAAGCGGCCCAACAGCCACACCUGGUGGAAAUCGAUCCGGAUUUUGAGCCCCUGUCGCGGCCCCGGUCGUGCACUUGGCCUUUGCCCCGGCCGGAGUUUAUCAACCCGGGAGACUCCAACACGUCCUCGCCGGUGCCGUCUGUGAAGCAGGAGCCCACCGGCAACGAGUUCAUCAACAACCUUAGCCUGCUGGAGGAGACCGAGGACUUCGCGGAGCAGAAGCCUGUCAUCCUGUGCACCGAGUUCCAGUGUCAGGAGAACUGCGUCCACCAUCAAGCUCCACAGCAACAACAUCAGCAACAGCAUCAGCAGCAGCAACAACAACAUCAGCACCCGAACCCGCAACUCCCGCACCAGCAGCAGCAGCAGGUGCCUCUGCUCUCCUCCCCGGUCGGCUCGGCGUCCCCGGCGGCCGCGGCCGCAGCUGCCGCCGCUGCCCAGAGGAAGAGCAGCUCCUCCCGGCGAAACGCAUGGGGGAAUAUGUCAUAUGCAGACCUCAUAACCAAAGCUAUCGAAAGUUCUCCUGAGAAUCGACUAACUCUAUCUCAGAUUUACGACUGGAUGGUGAAGAGUGUGCCUUAUUUCAAGGACAAAGGAGACAGCAACAGCUCUGCAGGCUGGAAGAACUCCAUCAGACACAACCUGUCGCUGCACAGCCGCUUUAUUCGUGUCCAGAAUGAGGGGACGGGGAAGAGCUCGUGGUGGAUGCUGAACCCGGAGGGCGGAAAGAGCGGCAAGUCCCCGCGACGCAGGGCAGCCUCCAUGGACAACAACAGCAAGUUCACCAAGAGCAGAGGGAGAGCAGCAAAGAAGAAGCUGUCCCUGCAGGGCGGCCCUGACGGAGGCGCAGACAGCCCGGGCUCCUACUCCAAGUGGCCCGGCAGCCCCAACUCCCACAGCAACGACGACUUUGAUGCGUGGAACAGCUUCAGGCCUCGGACCAGCUCCAACGCCAGCACUCUGAGCGGCCGCCUCUCCCCCUUCAUGCCCGAGGAUGACCUCGUGGAGGCAGACGUGCAUAUGGGCUACCCAGGAGCCCCCGGGGCCAAGAUGACAGCCACGCUGCCCAGUCUCACAGAGAUGACAGGCUCUCUGGGACACAGUUCGGAGAAUGUCAUGGAGAACCUUCUGGACAACCUGAACCUGCUCUCGCCCAACAACUCUCAGGUCGGAGGAGGGGCGACGACCCCUGGCUCCUCCCAGUCCUCCCCCUCUCCGAUGAUGCAGCCGAGCCCUGGGUACCCGGCUUACAGCUCCCCCAGCAUGGUCGCGCAUUCUCAGCAGGAGUACCGCAAGUGUGUGUACGGCCAAGCAGGAAUGAACACGCUGUCGCCAAUGCCGCUGCAGACAUUGACCGAGAGCAAGCCCAGCUUCGGGCCCGGGAUGGGCCAGUACAGCUGCCCCGCGGGGCUUCUGAAGGAGCUGCUGACGUCCGAUACCGACCAGCACGGAGAGCUCAUGCCGUCGGUGGACACUGUGGUGUCUCAGUCCAGCGGGGGCUGCAUGCUGCCGCCAUACAGCAGCAGCCAGCAUGCAGCCAAACUCAUGGGAGGAGGGAACGGUCACCUGCACGGCCUCUCUCACACUCACCCCCACAAUGUGCACAGCCAGGCCCGGGCCACGUCACCGGCCAUGAACGGCCACUUGCUCAUGUCCCUGAGCCACAGCGGGGUCACCGCGCGUUUGCCUAUAGCUAAAAGCCCGAUGCAGAUGCCUUACGGCCUCUCCAGCCACCUGAGCGCGGGAGGCAUGCCCGGGGGCUUCUGCCCUCUCAACACCAACGGAUACGGCCGACCGGGCCUGCCACAGCCCUUGCACCCGGAGAAGCUGCCCAGCGACCUGGACGACAUGUCCAUCGAGAAGUUUGAGUUUGACAUGGAGACGGUUCUCCAUGACACUCUGAUGGACGGGGACUCGCUGGACUUCAACUUUGAUCCGAUGGUGACCCAACAAGGUUUCCCCCACGGAGUGAAGACCACCACACACAGCUGGGUCUCAGGGUAGAAACUCAAGUGCUGUUGCUGUUUUGGUAAAAGCCACCAGAAGAACUCAUUUGAGAAUAUAUUUUAAAAAAAAAAGUGUAUCUUAGGAUGUUUAAUACUCAACCAAACCUCUCCUGCAGUUUCUGUACCAUCAACAUUUCUGUUUCAAAAAUACUCUUCGGAUCACUUCGGCAGACUGAGACUGGUCGUGAUCAGCUGAGGCCGCUUCUCCAUUAGAGCCCCUGAAAUGGUGAAGAUGAAAUCUGAAUUAUUUUUGAAAUGUCAAAUAAUUUGUACAAACUAAGUGCCAAACAUUUUUGCCUUAACAUAAGAGCCAAACUGAAACACGCCUCUCCGGUAUACUCACUAAAGUUACAGAUACUAUACAGCGGUUGUGUCUGUGAAUUUUUUUGCAAGAGACAACUUUAUCUCAUCAUCAUCAACAGCAGCAGCACAAUCUGUAGAAGUGCACCAACUCAUACCACGACGUUUACUGUGUUUCCACAAUCCAACUUUUUGUAUGUACAGUGUAGUGAUCCUUGAUUACCACUACGGUAGAAUUAUGAAGGCAAUCUGGCUCAUGGGUGUUUGUGGACUGACAUGACGUAAAGUGAGAGACUUCUCAAGGGAUCCUCGGACGACGUUACACGAUAACUCGCUUUGUUGUUGCCCGAAUGUACAUAGUGUCACCAUACGGUUUGUAAAAUCAGGCAUCUUAGUGUAUUUUCUAAGACUGUAAAUAGUGUUUACAGAGCAGAAGCAAACGUCAAGGCAGCAGAAACUGGAUCCGAUUCUUUCAAGCACACGUGUCGAGUGGACCGAUCUGUGCUUGAGGAUUCUUCUCAAUCAGGCUGUAAAAAUGCUUACACACUUUCUGAUUUCUUGUACAUACAUUAAGAAUGUAUAUUACAAUGAUGUAGUAGAUGUUUACUGGAUUGAGUAUAGAGUAGUAGAGUAUAUAUGAGUAUAUAUUUGAGACCUAAAUUAUUUGUGGUUAAUAUAGAUUUAUGCUGGUGCAUAAGCUGCACUCAGACAUCAGAAUUGUUCUGAGUCAUUGGUCACUCUGAACCUUAAUACCACAGGGGCCUAUUUAUUGUGCCUAACAAAGUAGAUAUCGACUGCAGGCUUGAAGGGUUUUAUAUUUUAUUGUAAAAUGUCUACGGUCCAGAAGAUACUCAAAUCCAGCAGUCUUGAAGAAAAGUACAGUGAAGUCUUUGUUUCCAGUAACCUGCUUUCACGUUUUUUUUUUUAGAAGAAACAAGUGACUGUAGAUUGUCACUGUUAGGGUUUCCUCAACGCUUCGCAGCUCUGUGAAUGUUAAGAGGUCAAGGCAGGUUGGUGGAUAAAAGAUAUUCUCAGUGCUUCUGAAGUCCCAUACCUGUCAGAGAUUGUCACUAAAGACACUGUGAGUAACCAGCCUGUCCCGUGUUCAGUUUCCAAAUUAUUAUUAUUAUUUUUUUUAAUAAAUGUUCUUCUUUGUCUCAAAAAGGUUAGUGUGACUGAUCUAGACAGUACAGUCUGAUUCCUUUUUGUCCAAAAAGAGCCCUCUGAUGCUGUCAGUAGAAUCAGCUUAACUGCUUUGAACGAGACUCCACUUUCACUCUGCCCCUCCUACCUCUACACAUCUCUAUGUCUUUUUCAACAUUUGAUAGCAUAAAGUUAACGUGACUUGAUAGCUCCAAUCAUCUUCUUAAUAACAAGUCUAUUUGAAUUAAUUUUUUAGCCCUUGAAAAAAACGCCACUAAGUGUUAAGUAUUUAAUCUAGCAUGUAUAUUUGCAUUUUCUGACUUGCUUUUCCCACUUAUCGCUGUACUAACAAUGAGCCUGUCAGCCUGUCAGUGACUUAUUAUACCGAGUCACAAAUAGUGUGAAAACUUUUGUGAAGACGGUGUCUGUAAACAUGACUGCUUCUAAUGAAGUCGACUGGUUCGGUGGCUGAAAGACCACGUGGUUUAGAGAUAACAAACUAAAACUGCUUAUUCUGCAUUAUUGUCAAUUAUUGCAUGAUUUAUCCAGAAACCACACAUAUCAGCGUCUGUCUGAUCAUGUGUUGUCGAGGGCUCUGAGUAUGCAGGUUUUUAUUUAAAGUUCUUCAAUUAGUUCAGUCUGUUCUCGUUUGUUACAAAUACGAAAAAGGAAUGCACUGUAAUUCGUACGUAUUUCACGUAUUUAUUGCUGUAUGCACCACAGUGACUACCGUUGUAUAAGAGUGCUACAACACAGCGACGUUCCACUUCCGGGAUUGCUCCAUAACGCCGGAAAUUUGGCCGGAUGUCACUCUUUUCGGAUGUCCGGU